AUGUCCGCCCCCUCGUUAGCACCCUACAUUCUGAAGCGGCCAUGGCUCAAGCGGUGGAUGACACCCCUAGCCAACUGGUACGUCAACACUGCUGGCUACAGGUCACUAGGUCUACGCCAUGACGACUUGAUCCCCGAAGAAAACGAUACCGUCCAGCUCGCUCUCAAGCGACUGCCCCCUAAAGAAGCCUACGAUCGAGUUUUCCGCCUCAGAAGAGCUUUCCAGUGCUCUCUGUCGCACCAUUUACUCCCACCUGCGGAGCACACAAAGCCUGAAGACGACAUCCCAUACCUAAGCCCAAUCAUCGAGGAAAUCGAGAGAGAGAUGAAGGAGCGUGCUGAUUUGGAAACCAUGACUGUUGAACCAAGAAAGUGA